CGAAUGUCACAUUCAUACUCGCACCGUGAGCCAUGACAGUUGAAGAGCUUCCUCCUUCCAAACUUGGUACAAAAGGACAUUGGGACAGCGUCUACGAGCGCGAAGUCAAUGUUUUCAACGAUAUCGGGGACGAAGGUGAGAUAUGGUUUGGCGAAGACAGCGUACGCAAGAUGCGUGAAUGGGCACACACCCACUUACCGUCUUCCAUCUCACCCGAUCAUCCUCUCCGCAUCCUCGAAUGUGGUUCCGGGAACGGUACCCUUCUCCUCUCUUUCCUCAUUUCCCCUUCCCCUCCCGCUCAGUACUACCACCUCACCGGCAUUGACUACUGCGAAUCAGCCAAAAUCCUCGCCGAAGGUGUCGAAGCCGCAAAAAGGGAGAGCUUGGAAGAUGAGAUGGAGCCGGAAGACGUAGAGAAUGAGUGUGCAACCGACUGGAGGGUCGCAGACCUGCUGAGACAUGAUUUUGAGGGAGAGAAUUGGGAUUUGGUCAUGGAUAAGGGAACUUAUGAUGCGCUUUGUCUGUCAAACGAAUCAGUGGAAGGGGAUGAGAAAAAGAGAUUACCGAGUGGAGUGUACCCGGAGAGGAUCGCGAAGCUCGUGAAGCCCGGAGGCUUCUUUUUGAUUACCAGCUGUAACUUUACAGAAGAGGAAAUUAAGGAGAGAUACUCGAAAGAAGAAUUGGGCUUAGCGUUCCACUCUAGCGUCCCUCAUCCUACAUUCUCUUUUGGCGGCAAGAAGGGAAGCACGGUUUGCACUGUCGCCUUCCAAAAAGCUUCCGUAUAGUUGAUUGAUCAACCAUGCAUACUUUUGGCAGCCUGUCCUCCCAGAAUGUCGUGGUGGCAUUCGUUUUCCUUCUAUGAAAUGCUGCACUAAUAUCUCAUCACAGUCACUGCCCUUGGACAUUCGAACUUUACGCUCUAUUUGUGACAAUCUGUAGACCUAAACCUCUUGCGAGUGCUUCAAAUCUACCCCCACUCGACGGCAUAGAGAGGAAGAGAAAGAGGACCGUACGAGGAGGCGUUAUGGAGGAGAGAUGUCUGAGGGGAGGGUACAGGGAAAGUGUGAGAAAGAUGAGUCAGCUGGUGGGGCAGAGAAAGGUAUAAAAGGCGUAGCCUUUUUUAGAGUAGAUAAAAUGCAUAGCUCCAA